CUGUGGAAGGCGAGCAGCGAGUGAGCAGAGGAGAGGCGAGCAGAACCAUGUAAUUGACAAGGCUGUUCCAGUGAAAUCGACACACUGCCCAGAGAAGGAUCGGCGCCGGUCACCAAGUGGUCUUUGCUUUAUUUUUGGGAGGGUUGUUUCCACUUUAGAAAAAAAAGCAAAUUAAAGUUUUUUUUUCUCUAGACAUCUGUCAACGGAAAGGACAAACAUCAAGCCUCGCGCAAGCCAGGAUUAAUCAGAAAUUAUGUCCCGAUCAGCGCUAGUACAACCGGCAAGAUGAUGUUAAGGGGAGCUGAGUUGGUGCUUGUGCUCUUGGUAGUGGCGGUAACAAGUUUGGGGUCCGUUUGUGCCAAGGAGACUGCCUUUGUGGAAGUGGUGCUUUUCGAGUCCAGUCCCAAUGGUGAAUAUACAACUUUUACAACGGACUUGCAAGGCCGAUUCUCCCGGGCAGGAGCCACGAUCAGCGCAGAGGGAGAGAUUGUGCAGAUGCACCCAUUGGGACUAUGCAACAACAAUGAUGAGGAGGACCUGUACGAGUAUGGAUGGGUGGGAGUGGUGAAGCUGGAGCAACCAGAACUGGAUCCCAAACCCUGUCUCACUGUACUGGGCAAGGCAAAGCGAGCAGUCCAGAGAGGAGCGACAGCUGUCAUCUUUGAUGUGUCCGAAAACCCAGACGCCAUUGAUCAGUUGAAUCAAGGCUCAGAGGACCCGUUGAAACGGCCUGUGGUUUACGUCAAGGGUAUUGACGCGGCGAGGUUAAUGAACAUUGUUAACAAGCAGAAAGUGGCGCGGGCACGGAUCCAACACCGACCACCACGGCCCACGGAAUACUUUGAUAUGGGAAUCUUCCUGGCUUUUUUUGUGGUGGUUUCCCUUGUCUGUCUGGUUCUACUCAUUAAAAUCAAGCUCAAACAACGCAGGAGUCAGAGUUCGAUGAAUAGGAUGGCUCUCCAAGCCCUCGAGAAGAUGGAGACGAGGAAGUUCAAAUCAAAGGGCAAAGUUUCUCGAGAAGGCAACUGCAGCGCCUCAGAUACACUGAGUAGCAGCUCCACCUCAGAUUGUGCCAUCUGCUUGGAAAAAUAUGUCGACGGAGAGGAGCUGCGUGUGAUCCCCUGCACUCACCGGUUCCACAAGAAGUGUGUGGAUCCCUGGCUCCUGCAGCAUCAUACAUGUCCUCACUGCAGGCACAAUAUUAUUGAAAGGAAGAAAGAAAGCAGUGGCCCCAUGUGCGUCGAAGCCGAGGGCCAAGGGCGUAGCCGGCAGCGGGUGGUGCUCCCCGUCCACUAUCCUGGACGCGUGCACAGGACGAGCCAACUGACCACCUAUCCCACCAGGACUAGCAUGGAUCCACGUGGGAAUCCUGUCACGGUGCUCACGGUGGAGCAGCACAGCGAGCAGGGGCUAUACCCAGCGCAGUCAGGCACUUACGUCCGGAGCUACCCACCCGUCCACUUGGACCACGGCUUGGGCGCCCACCAUUGCAACCUGGAGCACCGCGCCUACCCUCAGAGCCACACCUUCCGGAGGCCCAAAUUCAACGGGCGGGGCUACUCGAGGGCCCCUUGCUUUUCCCAGUACGAGACCAUGUAUCAGCAUUACUUCAUCCAAGGGCUGAGCUACCCGCAGGCAGAAUCCCAGCCGGGGAUCAACAGUCACAAGGGUCCGGCCCGCGGGUUUCAGGCGGGCGGGAGCAUGUUGUAUCCCACCAUGGUCCACAUACCACCGUCGUCCCAUCUGGAUGGGGGAAGCGGCUCCAGCUUCGGCUGCUACCACGGCCACCGGUCGGUGUGUAGCGGUUACCUGGCCGACUGCCCCGGCAGCGACAGCUCCAGCUCCAGCUCUAGCUCAGGCCCUUGCCACUGCUCCUCCAGUGACUCCAUGCUGGACUGCACCGAGGUCAGCAACCAGGGAGUGUAUGGCAGCUGCUCCACCUUCCGCAGCUCCCUCAGCAGUGACUAUGACCCCUACGUCUACCGGAGCCGAAGUCCGUGCCGCGGCGGCGAGUUGGCGACCGGCCGGACCGGGGCCCUGCUGAUGGAAGGGCCUCAGGAGAGCGGCAGCAGCCUGUCAAAAUAUGGCUGCCCCUCUCCCGACGCGGGACCCCUGGCCUCGCCUGGGGACCAGCUCUCGGACUGUAGCAUGGACAUGAACUACAGCAGCAGCUCCUCGCUGGAGGACAGGGAUCCGAGCGCCGCUGUCUCCGCCUCCUCGGAAGGCAGGCCCGAGGACUGCAGCGGCCCGGUUGAGCAGGCCUGCGCCUGCUGCUUCGAAAUCCACACAGCGGACUGCAAGGGGGCGGAGAGCGGCCGCUUCUCGCUGCUCAACGGGCCAUGCCGGAGGGCCUCCGAGCCCAGGACUGCCUUGCCGGCGUCAUACAGUGUUACCGCUGGCCGCCCAUGCUGGACAGAUCCGGGCAAGCGCCGGGCCCCGGCCCGCUGCUUUUAUGAGGAGAAGCAGGUGCAUGUCCCGGCCAAGGACUGCGCCGUCAACGUGCGGUACACCCAGGCUGACGAGACCACUCGCGACCCCCAGGCCACCGCCACGCCCUCCUCCUCCUCCUCGCCCCCUGGCAGCCGUGAGCUGGCCCAGCGCGUCGCCAUCAUCCCCGAGGACACGGACGGCGAGCCGGCGGUGGCGGCAGGGACCGAGGCCGCCAGGCUGCGUGGGCCCGAGGGAGCAGUGCGGCGGCGGGGGGAUGCGUGUCCUGCCCCGCUGCCACCCCUCCACCACCUCCCCCAGCCGGAUGCCGCCUUUCAGAACAUUUGCUCCAGGCUCCACGAGUCCACCAUGAGGAGUAGCUCAGCGGGGUCCGGACCAUCUCUGAUGCUAGAGAAAGAUUUUGUCACUGAACAGAACAUCUGAUUUUUUUAUAUAUAAAUAUAUAUAUGUGUGUAAAUAAGUACGGAGAUACGGGAAGCAAUCAAUAAAACUCCAAACCCAGUCCUUAACCGACUGUUUUAGCUUUGACAAAACACACAUAAGUGGUAACAUGGAGGAAAACACCAAAUCUGAUGCAUCUUCCCACGACUCAGUUCGUGCUGCUUGUCUUGUGAGAUCAAGAUCUGCUGUUAUUUAAAACCCUGCUGCCCUUUGUUGCAAGGCAACAAAACUACUGUUGUCAAGGAACAUCAGGAAUAAACUUUGAUCUGUUGUCCAAGGGAUUUUUGAGCCUUCUACAUGCUCAGGGUUACGGUUGCCUUAGUAAGUCAGCAAUAUGAAAUGUAAGAAGAGCAAACAGAGAAGGGUUGGGGGAAAUGAAGAGGCUGCAGAAGGGAAAAUUUGAGGGAGGGGAAACAAGUAGGGGAAGGGGGGGUUGGGGAUGGGGAGGGAAGCAACAGCCAAUUUAUGGCUGUGACUGAAUGUUUUUCACUGUGCUGUAUCAAGAGGAUCAGAUUAGCUAUAACAAGCACUCAUGGAAGCCAUGGAACAAGCUUAGUGACACUGCAACAGUUGAGUGUAUGUUUUGUGCAUCCAUAUUGAAAGGCACCACAGUAGAGUUUUAUGUACACAAUAAUGCCUUUACUGCCUGACCAAUCCAAGCAAAGUAACAAUUUUGUUGGGUACUUAAGGCACUAUUUUAUAUUUGUAGCACUUAAAAGAUUUGUCUGAAAUUUCUUGUAAAGAAUUAUAAAAUGGUCAAGAGUUCUUUCCGUCAUUACCAGUUUUUUCUAACGUGUUAAAAAGGCUAGAAAUUGUCUGUGUAUAUUCUGUAUAUGUAUAGCGGCACAUUUCAUUUAUGGAAAUAUGUUCUCAGAAUAUUUAUUUACUAAUAUAUUUAUCUUAAGCCAUGUCUUAUGUGGAGAGUGUAUGACAUUAUGAAAUAAUCAUUGAAAAAUCACUAACAUGGGACCUUGUAAAUACAUGAUAAUUGCACACAAAGAUUAAAUAUUCUCUGACCAAAAACUGAUUUUAAAUUUUAGUACUAUACAGUUUUGUAACAAAAAAUGUACAAAUGUCUGUGGAAAAAUACAGUUUUAUCAAGUAAAGCUUUACUGACGCUUU